CUCUUGCUGUAUUUAGAAAUAAUUUAGUAGAAUAAUAAGCGUGCGUGUCUUUGUGACAAAGUGUAUGGCUAUUUGGUGUUAAACCAGCCGGGACUUUAUUGUUCUUGAUGGUUUCCGGUGACGAUUUCAAUGGUGGUCGUUUACCGCGAAAAACUACUAGGUCGCCGAACCGAAAAUCCAAGAAGUCUGAUGCAGACCUAGCAAAGGGUUCUGCGUUGCGAAAUGGCUCGCAACCCUCUGUCCACAAGAGAAAUCUUUAUGUGGUUUCGUUCCCAAUAAUUAUUCUUUUUAAUUUACUAAGGUCCAUUUUGUACCAGUUAUUUAUAAUUUUUAAAUAUUUGUACUCCGCGUCGCACCGUUUCAUUCAUAGGCCUCGUAAGAACGGUGAAUGUAACUUAGAGGUGGUCGUGAAAGACGGUGUGGUGUCCACGGAGAUCGCGCAUAGUGAGGAUAUGUCAUAUGUAAACAACGUGGGUCCUGGAGACCCGCUUCUGGCCAAACAGAAGCAUCACCAUCGAAAAGCUUUCGAAUAUAUAUCGAAAGCUCUCAAGAUAGAUGAAGAGAAUGAGGGCCAAAAAGAGCUAGCUAUAGAAUUGUACAAGAAAGGUAUCUAUGAGUUGGAGCGAGGCAUCGCUGUUGACUGCUGGGGGGGUCGUGGAGAUGCCUGGCAGCGUGCACAGAGGCUCCACGAUAAGAUGAAAACCAACCUAGGCAUGGCCAAGGAUCGUUUACAUUUCCUCGCAAACCUAGUCGCCCUCAGUAAAUUGGGCCUAGAGAGUGAGCCCGAACGGAGCGACAAAAAGCCUACGGAGUCUCCUCUUAAGGCGCGCAGGCAAUUAGAGAAGUCCAAGACAACGCUACUAGCACACACUGAAAGUAACAGUGGUCAAACAAAGCCACCAAAUGAAGUCGCAGGUCGAAAGUUAACAACUGCUGGUCGCCGAGUGCCCAGCGGUGGAGGGCCACUGAUGAAGUCUCAAACCUUGCCGCGGUCUAUGGGCAGAUCGUCCUCGCAGCCGAAUAGUUCCAACGGGGGCUACAGCAGAUACCCCGUGAAACCGGCCUCUACACCGCCCGCUGUUAAACGACAGUUAUCUAGCGCAUACCAGGUGCCAGUGAACGGGUCGCCAGUGAGACGAGUCGUUGGAGGAGGCUCUCAGAGAGGGACGCCCACCAGAAGUAGAACUCCACAGCCAACGCUCGCAGUACGAGGCGUCGACCCCAAACUGGUUCAACUUAUACUGGACGAGAUUGUGGAAGGUGGUCCGAAAGUAAAUUGGGAUGAUAUUACUGGUCAAGAGGCGGCCAAGCAAGCUUUACAAGAGAUGGUGGUGCUGCCAUCGUUAAGACCGGAACUUUUUACGGGAUUAAGAUCACCAGCUAAAGGGUUACUGCUCUUUGGCCCUCCAGGCAAUGGUAAGACGCUCCUGGCGCGAUGCGUGGCAGCAGAAUGCUCUGCGACAUUUUUCUCUAUAUCUGCCGCAACAUUAACAAGCAAGUACGUGGGUGAUGGAGAGAAAAUGGUACGAGCACUGUUCCAAGUGGCCAGGGAACUUCAGCCGUCAAUAAUAUUCGUGGACGAAGUAGACUCGCUUCUCUGCGAGCGAUCGUCGGGAGAACACGAGGCGUCCAGGCGCUUGAAGACGGAAUUUCUUGUGGAGUUCGACGGUCUUCCGGCCGCUGGGGCGGAUAGGCUUAUAGUUAUGGCAGCUACUAACAGACCGCAGGAGCUGGAUGAGGCUGCGUUAAGGAGGUUUCCAAAGCGAGUAUACGUGUCAUUGCCAGACGCGAGAACACGUGGUGCACUUCUACGGCGCGUUUUAGCGCGAGGAGCUGCGGCGUCAUCACUAACGGAUGAUGAGAUAGCGAGGUUGGGUGCCCUGACUGAUGGCUACUCGGGCAGUGACCUUACUGCGUUGUGCCGCGACGCUGCUCUAGGGCCCAUUAGAGAGUUGGACCCGGAGGAAGUAAAAUGCUUAGAUCUCUCACUCGUUCGAAGCAUCACCUUCCAAGACUUUAUGGAUGCGCUGAAGAGGAUUCGGCCGUCUGUUUCACCGCAUAGUCUCGUCGCUUAUGAAAAAUGGUCUGUGCAAUACGGUGAACUAGGAGUUUAAACUUUAUAUACAGGUAGGUACUGGCUAAUAAUAACUUUGAGGUGAGUCAAUAAUUAUAAGGAAUAUGUGUCGGUGUCGCAAGUAAAUCGUUUGAAUUUUAAAUAUUAAUGAAUUUAUUCCAGAAUUUUUGUAUAUCGCUCAAAUUUUAGGAAUCUCCCAAACUUUUCCCUUUUGAAAUUCCAAUGUAUUGCCUAACCGAAUGAUUUGUUUUGAAUUUAAUGUAUUAGUAUUAUUUGUAUCGUAGGAAUCGGAGUAUUUAAAACUCGUCUAGUCAAAAACAACCAGGUUUUGACUGUAGUUGCCAAGCAUUUCGCCACAGUUUA